CGAUUAACACUUUCGAGCGUGUUACCACAGCUUGCCGUUUUAGCGAAGAUUUUGUGCCUCCUGAUGGUGGUGAUGUGCGGGGCGGUGCCGGCAAUGGUGCGCUCCGUGAGUCUGUACUCGACUUGCAGCAGCGGCAAUGUUACCGUAAUUGGCCGCUCAAUCAAAGCCAUGGGACGCGAUGGUCACAAUGCACCUUACCAAAAACUUACAACACAAUCCGAAGAUUUCAGUAGGAAGCUGUAUAUCUUCGCGGAAAAGAGUCAGCGAUACAUUUGCUUCAACAAGCGGUGGAAACUUGUCGGCCUGCCCAAGAAGCAGAAAGGUCCAAUGUGCCAGUUUUACGAAAUCUACAACGGUUCGUAUUUAAGGUACCGAAGCGUGAUAGACAGCUCGCGGUAUUUAGGCUUCAACAAGUUCGGCAAACCGAUGAAGAAUCCUCGCGGUCGACAGGAGUGUUUCAAUUUCAUCAAGUACAACCCCCAUGCCGACAUAAAUCAUCACAACAGCUUGGUGAACGCGGACAUGGGCGGCAUGGAUCCACGGGAUCCGUACUUCGGCCCGAAGAAACCGUCGCCCGUAAUGAGGGCCACAAAGAAUUCCCUGUUGCAGGUCGACAGUACGAGGGAGAUUAUUCAUACGACGCAUCGUUACCGGCACUCGAAUCGAUGGAAAAUGCACCAGGACGAGAAGAUUUCAGCACCCCGAAGACGGCACGAAAGCCGUUUGUUUGUCGAGGCCAGCAAGUAUUGA